AUGGGGAUUAGCAAGGCUGCCUUUCUCUUUCUUUUCUUGCUCAGCUCAGUGAAAGGAGAUAUACUGGAUGACUACAUAAGAACAGAUGGUGUUUGGGUACUUGUUCGAAACAAACAGUUUUACAAGACAAAUAGUGAAAAAGAAUGUGCAGAGAAAUGUGAAGCGGAAAGCAAUUUUACCUGCAGGGCUUUCCUAUUCACCAGGAAAAAGCUACAGUGUUUAACACUGGCUGAAAAUGCUAAAAUGACAGUGACAUUCCCCAGCACGGACACAGUUCUUUAUGAAAAAAGAAUUUACCUUAUGCAGUGUAAAAGAGGGAUUGGGACAGACUACAGAGGAACAGAAGCCAAGACUCAGAGAGGUAUUCCGUGCCAGAAGUGGGCAGAAAAAAUACCCCACAAACCAAAUUAUACACCUGAAAAACACCCUGAUGCAGGGCUGGAAGAAAAUUACUGCAGAAACCCUGAUGCAGAUGAAAGAGGACCCUGGUGUUACACAACAGAUCCUGCUAAGAGAUUUGAUUACUGUGCCAUCCCAGAGUGUGAGGACCAGGUCAUGCAUACUGGAGAAGGACCUACAGGGGAGUGCAUACAGUGUAAUGGCGAGGAUUACCACGGAGAAGUUUCUAGAACGGAGUCUGGACUUGAGUGCCAGCGCUGGGAUGCCCAAGAGCCUCAUAUGCAUGGAUUUAUCCUGAAACACUAUCCAGAGAAGGAUCUGAAGAUGAAUUAUUGCCGCAAUCCUGAUGGUGAACUUCGGCCCUGGUGUUUCACUACCAACCCGAAUAAACGCUGGGAAUAUUGCAACAUUCCUCGUUGCACUACACCCCCACCAGUCUCUGGCCUAGACUCCCAGUGUCUUUCAGGGAAAGGUGAAGACUAUCGAGGAAGGAUAGCCAUCACCGAAUCGGGAAACGCCUGUCAACACUGGAAGACACAGGUCCCUCACAAACAUGGCUGGAUUCCUGACAGAUAUCCCUGCAAGGGCUUACAGGAAAACUACUGUAGAAACCCUGACGGAGAGAAGAAGCCUUGGUGCUACACCACCAACAGCAGCAUUAGAUGGGAAUAUUGCAAAAUUCCUCCCUGUGACAGGACAGAACAAGGGAUUGCUGAUGUGCCUGCACAAAUUUCACGACCAGAGGAGUGCUACCGAGACAAAGGCCAGAGUUACCGUGGCACAACUUCUGUCACUGCAUCGGGAAAGAAGUGCCAGGCCUGGAGCUCCAUGUUCCCACACAGCCAUAUAAAAACCCCAGACAGAUUCCCAGACGCGGAUUUGAGGGAAAACUAUUGUAGAAACCCAGAUGGUGACAGCAGCCCAUGGUGUUUCACCACUGACCCCAACACAAUAUGGGAGUACUGCAGUCUCAAGAGGUGUGAUGAUCAUACCCAAGAGCCUGCUGAAGUUGGAGGACCUCUGAUCUGCCAAGAGAAGGACGGAUUUGUCCAAUAUGGAGUCACCUCUUGGGCACUGGACUGUGCCCAGUCCUCAAAGCCUGGUUUUGUCUGGAUUCCUGGUUUUGUUUCUUGGAUCGAGAAUGCAGUGCCUUCCCAAUGA